AUGCCUAGGUACCCGGCCUCAGGCAUGCGCCGAAAAUCCUGGGCCGCGACAGAAGCUAAUGUGCCUGCACCUGGAAAGGCAUUUGUUGGACAUCGCGCGCCCUCUUUCAACGCGUGCGCGGUUGUAGAUGGAAACCUUGAGGAUGUGUCUCUGGACUACUAUCUAUCCAAGAACAAAUGGCUCACAAUUCUCUUCAUACCCGCCGCCUUCUCUUUUGUCUGCCCAACCGAAGUCCUAGCGUUCAACAACUGCAUCGAUGAGUUUACGGAUCGGGGAUGUUCCCUCGCAUUCGUCUCGACGGACUCAAAGCACACGCUUUGGCAAUGGCAGCACACGCCGCGGAAUCAGGGCGGACUUGGCCCAGUUAGCGUGCCGCUGCUCAGUGAUUCCAGCCACAAGAUGUCGCGCGACUAUGGCGUCUUGCUCGAAGACCAGGGCAUUACAAUCAACAACCUCUCCGUCGGGCGCAGCGUCCUCGAAACCCUCCGCCUGGUAGAAGCCUUCAAAGCAGCGGAAGAACACGGCGUCCUGUGCCCAGCGAACUGGCAAAAAGGCGGCGAAACGCUCCUCGAAUCCCACGAAGAUCAGCAAGAGCGACUCGACCGCGAGUUCGGCACCGGGGUAGUGAAGAAUCUCGACCAGGAAACAGCACCCAAGCCAAGCGGCAACAGAGUCACCAUCAUGUCGCUUAGAGCGUCAACCGUAUCACCAUCUCAUGGUCCCACAUCCGCGCCAAUGCAGAGCCUUUCGCCGACUUCAAGACCGACCUCAGCCCCGAUCCAGUUCCCCUCGCCCACAUCGCUGGGCCAGCGCCGCGGCCACCCCAAGGUUCUGACGCUCGAAUUCGCGGACCCAAUCUCAGCCAACAGUCUCGGUUCGAGGAACUCGCCAAAUGACUAUAUUGCGACGCCGGAGGGCAGGAGCCCGACUGAUACGCUGCCUGAGGAUGCGCAGCCGAGUCCAAGCGCGUUGGUAGCGGCGUUCAAGAGGUUGAGCGGGAGGGAUACACCGCUUGGGGCGCCGAAGGAUGUGAUGGGGCAUAGGAGGGUGGAUAGUGCGAAUACGAAGGGGUAUUUUGGGUAG